AUGGCUUUCCCAAGGGUUCCCCUCGUUGAGAUCUGUUGUUUCUUCUUCAUCAGUUCCUUUGUAUUUACUCUCUGGAUGAUCAGUCCGAUACUCCUCCGCCCACUUAUCCGUGACGCAAAUGGGUCCCGCAUCCCUCCCGGUCCCACCACCCGCUACCUAUUCCUCAAAAAAUAUCCUGAACGCGCACUCCAAACCUGGGCCGCGAAAUACGGACCUCUAUUCUCCAUCUGGAUGGGGUCUCAGCUGUUUGUCGUGAUCUCCGACCCGCACGUCGCGAGGGAUCUGCUGGUAACGAACGGCGCUAUUUUUUCCUCCCGAAAAAGGUAUUUUAUCAAAAGCCGGACGAUCCUUCAUGGGAAAGCGAUUACCGCUUCGGAGUAUGGUGAAACUUGGAGACACCACCGGAAAUUGGUCACUCAGGUGGUUACGCCCAAAGCGAUCGAGGGAUACAUCGACAGCCUCAAUUACGAAGCGCACAUAAUGAUACGCACGAUGAAAGAUGAUGGGCAAUUCGGCAAAGUGCCUCUCAGUCCUCAACACUACGUAGGCCGUUUCGCGUUAAACAAUAUGCUCCUCAUCUCGUUCGGGAUCCGAACUGCGAAUAUCGAAGACCCGUUGAUAUCCCGAGCGCUCGAGCUUGCGAUGGAGUUUAACGAUUUGACGGGUGUUUGGUCCAACCCCGUCGACUUUUUUGAGCCUUUACAAUGGCUUCCAUCUACCUUGCACAAGCGAGGUCUUAAACUUCAACAGGAUCUCAUCGACGUGUACGGUAGCAUGAUUCUGCGGUUAAAGGACAGACUUGACGCAGGAGAGUAUGUUCCCGAGUGUUUCGUCAAGACUCUGAUCCAGGAUCAGAAGAAGGAGAGACUGGACUGGGACGAUUUAUGUAUGCUUUCCGCGGUUUUCACACUUGGUGGUGUGCAUUCUAUAUCUGGCAUCAUCCAAUGGUUCCUCGCACUCAUACCGUCCCAUCCUGAAGUCGCUCUGAGAGCUCAAGAGGAAUUGGAUCGGGUAGUAGGACGAGAUAGACUACCUACGGCAGAAGAUGAAGCGAAUCUUCCCUACGUACGAGCGAUCAUAAAAGAGGUACAACGUGUACACGCACCAUUCUGGAUGGCCACGCCGCAUUGCACUACAGAGGACUUUACUUACAACGGACAAUACAUCCCCAAAGGUACUGCUGUCGUUCUAAACUGCUACACUCUCCAUCACAACUCGGCGAGAUAUGAAGACCCCUGGUCAUUCAACCCUGAUCGAUAUGUGGAAGACGAGUUGAGCUGCGCAGAGUCCGCGAAACUACCGAAUGUGAUGAACCGUGAUCAUUGGACUUUCGGAGCUGGGCGACGAAUUUGCCCCGGGAUACAUGUAGCAGAGCGGGAGCUCUGGCUCGCUAUUUCUCAAUUACUCUGGUCAUUCAACUUCCACUCCCUGCCAGAGGAACCGAUCUCUCUCGAAGAAUACGAAGGGAAUUCAGGAAGAACGCCAGUUUCGUUUAGAUUAAGGUUCGAGCCUCGAGAUGUGCAUUUGGAGUCGGCUCUCAAAGACCAACACGAGAUGUCCUAUUGGACCCUCUGA